AUGCAUUCAAUCGCACUCAAAGCAGCCGUGGCUCUACUUGGAGUCUCGACUGUAGCAGGCUUUUCAUGGCAGAACAAUCGGCUCUGCCUGAAGCUAGCAGCACAGGGCGUUGAAGUCGACUUCCCCAACACAACCGACUAUGAAACUGAACAACUGAAUUACUGGUCUGCAGCAUGCACCGCCCUCCGCCCCGACUGCAUCAUAGCUCCAAAAAAUGCUCAAGACAUGGCAAAAGCCGUUGCUGCCAUCAAGAAGUCGAAUACAACUCGUUUUGCUAUCAAGUCUGGCGGACACUCGCCCAAUCAGCUUUUCUCCAGCAUACACGACGGAGUGUUGAUCUCAACCCGAAAUCUUAAACAAAUCACCUACGAUAAAAACACACAGACUGCCGUCCUUGGGCCGGGCUUGAGGUGGGAAGAGGCUGUUGGUGGCCUAAAACAAUAUGGCCAAACUGUCGUGGGUGGCCGUCUUGGUGGCAUUGGUGUCGGUGGUCUUCUGCUAGGAGGUGGUCUAAGUUUCCUCAGCAGCCAGUAUGGCUGGGCUGCAAACAACGUCGUUAACUUUGAAGUCGUCCUUGCCAAUGGCACAAUCGUGAAUGCAAAUGCCAAGUCAAACCCGGAUUUGUAUGCCGUGAUGAAGGGCGGCUCCGGAAAUUUUGGAAUUGUUACUGCUUUUACCGUUAAGACUCAUACUCAGGAUCCAGAGAUUUGGGGAGGCACUAUGUUCAUUCAGGAGGCACACAGCGAAGCAGUAACCCGGGCAAUCCGAGACUUCGCAGAGUACAAUAAUGACGACAAGGCGUCCAUUAUUGGAACCGUCAAUCGCAACCCGUCAUUGAUAUGGGUUGUAUUCCUGACCUACGACGGACCUUCUCCUCCGGAGAUGUAUUCCGAAAUUUCACUCAGAUCCCAGCUAUUCGAAAUACUGUCAAGAGACAGAGUUAUUCAUAGCCUCAUGCUUGCCAAUGAUGAAUAUAUCCAUCAUGGUAGCCGAUUCGCUAUUAGUGCUGAAACAGCGUCACCCAUCAGGCCCGCACGGCUACGAUAUUUCCAGGUCUUUUUAUUCGACCCACUGAACAAUGUCACCGAUCAGUUUAUUGGCAUCCCCAGUAGUGCGAGCUCUUUCGUUCUUCAGCCUUUGCCACGAUCCAUCACCACUAAGGCUAAGGAGUCAGGAGGCGAUGUCGCCGGCUUUGACCCGAAAUUCGACUACAUGCUAAUGCAGAUUGCCAUUUCAUGGAACAGCUCUUCAUCAGACGCCGCAAUUGAGAAAGCCAACCGCAAAUACUAUACCCUUCAGGGUGAGAUGAUAAAGCAAUAUACCAAUGAGGGCAAGCUGCCCAAGGCAUAUACCCCCCUCUAUCUAAACGACCUGAAUGCCGAGCAAGACUUCUGGGGACGUGUGGCUCCUUCAACGAGGCAAAAGGCUCAGGCAGUCAGGCGUGCAGUUGACCCCGAUCUGUUCUUCCAGGACAGGGCCACUGGUGUGUUCCGACUUGGCUAA